ACCAUGGCUGGGAGCCGCACCGACUGCGUGGAGAGGCCCUUCUCCGCCGGAUAUCGGAGGUUCGGCCGUUUCGUGGCGACGCAUCCUUGGCGCUUCUUCAUCGCGCCCCUGUUUGUCUCCACCGUGCUGGGCUCUGGCUUUUACCUGCUGGAGGACCGGGAAGCCAACGACAUCGAGGAGCAGUUCACGCCGACCAACGGACCCGCGAAACUGGAGCGGCAGUUUGUGCGGGAGAACUUCCCCCCGAAUGACUCCGCGUUUUCCGUGCGGAGGCUGCACACGGACGGCGUGUACGCGUCUUUCAUCGCCGUGUCGACAGCCCCCACCAUCUUUACCCACGCAGCUGUCAAAGAGAUACUGACUUUAGACAGCAAGAUCCGCCGGAUCAACGUCUCCACCGGCAACGAGCAGCUCACUUUUGACGGGCUGUGCGCCAGAAAGUAUAACAAGUGCAUCCCAAAUAAGAUCAUAGACGUCGUGAAGCAUUACGGCAACAAGAUUGAGGAGGCUGAGCUGACGUUUCCCUUCGUUCAUUUGGGCUUCGCCCGUAUUUUUCUCGGAUACUCCGUCGGCGGCGUCAACGUGAGCUCCGCUGUGCUAAAGAGCGCUAAAGCCUUAAGACUGUUUUAUUUCCUGAAGGGGGGCAACCGCUCCGUCACAGACCAGUGGCUGAACGAGUUCCUCAGAGUUUUCCCGUCUAAUCUUUCCUUGAAUUUCAUCAAGGUCACCCAUUCUACAUCGCUGUCUAGACAGGUGGAGUUUGAGGCCAAUACAAAGGAUGUUAUCCCCCUGUUUUCCAUUACAUAUGUCAUUGCCAUAGUCUUUGCUAUCCUGUCAUGUUUGAGGUUUGACUGUGUGAGGAAUAAAGUUUGGGUGGCUACCUUUGGUGUACUUUCUGCUGGAUUGGCUGUGUUGUCCUCCUUUGGGAUGAUGCUCUACAUCGGGGUGCCCUUUGUCAUGACUGUGGCUAAUUCUCCAUUCUUGAUAUUAGGUAUUGGUGUUGAUGACAUGUUUAUAUUGAUAUCAUGCUGGCAGCAGACAAAUGUCCAUGACAGAGUGGAGGACCGCCUGGCAGACACCUACAAAGAGGCAGCUAUCUCCAUCACCAUCACCACUCUGACAGACGUAAUGGCUUUCUACAUUGGGCUGAUGACGCCGUUUCGCUCAGUGCAGUCCUUCUGCCUUUACUCCAGCACGGCCAUCCUCUUCUGCUACAUCUACAGCAUAACUUUCUUUGGGGCCUUCCUGGUGCUGAACGGAAGGCGCGAAAACGCCAACAAACACUGGCUGACCUGUAAGGAGGCCCCCCGCGACUGCCCCGUCGAUCGCUCCAAGUGCUACCAACUGUGCUGCGUUGGAGGGGCUUAUGACCGCCACUCCGGAGCUGAGGAGGUGCAGCCCAUGAAUCACUUCUUUAAGAAGUACUAUGGCCCCUUUCUGACCAAGCCCUGGACAAAGUUGUGUGUUAUCCUGUUGUACGCCAUGUACCUGGCCAUUAGUAUUAAUGGGUGCUUCCAGAUCCAGGAGGGGAUAGAUCUUCGUAAUUUGGCGGCAGACGAUUCAUAUGUGGUGAGGUAUUAUGAUAACGAAAAGGCCUAUUUUUCUGAAUAUGGCCCAAAUAUUAUGGUGGUUGUAAGGGGCGAGUUCCCAUACUGGGAUGAGAAGAAUAUGUCUGAUCUUGAAUCAUGUGUUGAAGAUUUCAAAAACCUAUCUUUCGUUGAUAAGGACAUUUUUACAUCCUGGCUAAAAUCAUACAAAUUCUAUUGCCGCCACACAAACUUGAAUUUGAGCUCCGAGCAUGUUUUCAAGACAAACCUCGUCUCUUUUUUACGGUUCUACUCUGACUUCAAGCAAGACGUAAACUUCACCAACAAUUCGAUCCACGCAUCGCGAUUCUUCAUCCAGACCCUCAAUAUUUCCACGGCUCUCGAUGAGAUGAAUAUGCUGAACAAACUUCGAGAUACUGCAAAGAAGUGCCCUGCACCCCUGCUGGUCUAUCACCCCACAUUCAUUUACCACGAUCAGUAUGCCGUGAUUGUGAGUAACACCAUCCAAAAUAUUGCAGUCACCACGGCCGUCAUGCUUUUCAUCUCCCUUCUGCUGAUCCCAAACCCGCUCUGCUCACUGUGGGUGACCUUCUCAAUUGGCUCUGUAAUAGUGGGCGUCACAGGUUUCAUGGCUCUGUGGGAUGUCAAUCUCGACACUAUAUCCAUGAUCAUCCUGGUGGUUUGCAUCGGGUUCUCCGUGGAUUUCUCAGCGCACAUUUCAUAUGCCUUUGUCUCAAACCAAAAGUUGAGUGCCAACGAGAAGGCCGUGGAGGCCCUGUUCCACCUGGGCUAUCCCAUAGUUCAAGGCGCCAUGUCAACUCUGCUAGGUGUUGUGGUGCUGUCUGCCUCCAAAAACUACAUCUUCAGAACCUUCUUCAAAAUCAUGUUCCUGGUCAUUUUCUUUGGACUAAUUCAUGGUGUGAUGUUCAUUCCGGUCUUUCUGACCUUCUUUGACAUUUCUAACAGAAGCUCAAGCAAGGGUGGGUCGAAGGAGAAAAGAAAAGCUGAAGAUCAGCCUUUAGGGAAAUUCCAGCCUAAGAUCAGGCAAGACAAAGCCAUUGAACUAGAGAAACAGCUGUAUGAUAAUCACACAUUUCUGCCAGAUAAUCAUCAGAUCUGCCCGACUCAGACUUGCACAUCAGUCUGGACUCUAACUGGCAACACCCAGAGCACUCAGAUGUGCAUGGCCAGUACAGUUCCCAUGUUCAGGAUCGAUUGUCAAAACUAUGAGAUUCAGAUGUACACCCCCUAUAAAAAUGUCCAAUUACAAGUCGUUACAAGCCAAAACCUGGAUCAACAUAAUAGAAAUCAUGUGAUAGGUAAUAGCCAGUCUCUGAGUACUGAGAAUAAUACUCCAGCUGUCAACUGUUCAAAUUUUGCAAAUCCAUGAACCAACCGUUCAUGUGAUCUUGUAUGUACCAUUGUUCAUAUGUGGCUGCUAAAUUACAAAAAUGUACAUCA